AUGUCUGAGAGUGAGGUUCUCGAAGCGAUCAACGACAUGCCAAGUGACAAGGCUCCGGGGCCGGAUGGUUUCACAGGCCUCUUCUUCAAGAAGUGUUGGGACAUUAUCAAGCACGACCUCAUGAGGGUUAUCACGUGCUUUGACUCCCUACACACUCCAAACCUCCAGUGGCUAAACUCUGCAAACGUGGUGCUCCUGCCUAAGAAGGAAGGGGCGGAGGGGCUCGCUGAUUAUAGGCCCAUCAGUCUCAUCCACGCAAUCGCGAAAAUUAUCGUGAAGGUGCUCUCCAUGAGGCUUGGCCCGCACAUGACAAACCUCGUCUCCAACGCCCAAACUCCCUGGAACGAUCCCGAACGAUUCGCGUGCAAGCCACCUGAAGCGUCCAACACCCAACGCUUCCACUUCUUUGCUGCAAGAACAUCGGAGGGGUCAUUGCUCUCUAGCCCAAGCGCAGGAUUCGAGCUCCCCCCAAGCAAUCCCCGGCCGGCAUCGUCUUCCUCCGCUCCUCCGUGCAUUGAUCCUACUAACUACAAAAUGCAGAAGCAUGAAAUCGGGCGUGAUAGCUCGCCGAGCACCCAGUCCCUGUCAACCAUCAUCAGUCAUAACAGAUCUGUGCGUCUUAGAUUUCUCAAAGAAUUCAAUGAGUUGAAGUACGGGAGUGUCACUGAAGAUUACAAGGCAAUCAAUCGAAAGAGGCAUGAACUUAUCAGCACCCUUGAAAAGCUGCAACUUGUACCUAUCAAGUUGCCCUAUGCCAGUGUAGCUCUCAAGUCAUCAAAUGUGACAUUACAUGAUGAAGCACAAAGUGGGAACAAUAUUAGUUCUGAUAAUAUUAUAGAAUUGGAUCUGUACAAUGUUGGAGAUGAUACCCAUGCUACCAUGGACAAUACUGGGGCUCAGAAAACUGUUUGCUUACUUGAUUCUGAUGAUGAGGACACGGUUCAAUCCUUUGUAGAUGGAAAUUUAUCUGAUUCUAAGCAAAAUACUGAUUUUAUCCAAGAAUGCAUGCUGGCUGAGCAGCCUUGCCAAUACCAGGACAUCAGUUUUGAAGCUCAACUUGUAGUUGAGCCAGGAAAGGACAGCAUGGACAUUGACAAUGAGCCCAAGGAAAUUGCUUUAUUUGAUGGCCAUAGUACUUCAGAGCCACAACUGAUCAAGCAAGGACAGAAUGACAUAAACAUUUACGCCGAGAGUCGUGACAAGGAGAGAGAAACAGGGGAAGGAGAAGGUGAGGAUGUCCAAAGUAAACAACACAUGGAGAACAACAAUAUAUCUGUUGCAGAUUCUUGUGAAAUAUCUUGUGAGGUCAUACAAAGUAAUUCAACGGCAAAUGGACAUUAUAAUCACUAUGAUAACAAUGACAAUCCAGUUGAUGACCUGGAUGACCUUUGGAACGAAAUGUCUGUUGCAUUGGCAUGUUCAAAGACCAUUGGAAGCGAUCACAGUAUUGUUCCGUCGGAGAAGAACAAUUCUGAAGUAGUGGAUGAUUGUCAUCACGACUUCCUGAUGAAAGAUGAUUUGGGCAUUGUAUGUCGUGUUUGUGGUUUGAUCCAGCAACGUAUCGAGAAUAUUUUUGAGAUAAACUGGAAAAAGCGUAAGCAAUCCCACAGAACUUAUGCGCCAGAACCCAGAAACUACAAUGAGCUGGAGGCAACUACCAGUCCUUCAGGAAAUAUUCUUCAAGUUGUCCCUAGUGCUCUCUCAAUCCACUCUCAGCAUUCAGAACAGAUGAAACCUCACCAAGUGGAAGGCUUUAAUUUCUUGGUCAAGAACCUGGCAGAUGAGAACAACCCUGGAGGUUGUAUUCUAGCACAUGCACCAGGUUCUGGAAAGACUUUUAUGCUAAUUAGCUUUGUUCAAAGCUUCCUGGCCAGAUACCCUGCAGGAAGGCCAUUGAUUAUCCUUCCAAAGGGCAUUCUGGCAACAUGGAGAACAGAAUUUGUCCAUUGGCAAAUUAAGGACAUGCCCAUACCCUUGUUUGACUUCUAUUCCUCCAAAGCUAAUACCCGGUCUGAACAACUCAAGGUUUUGAACUUGUGGGAAGAAAAGAGAAGCAUAUUGCUGCUAGGGUAUCAUCAAUUUGCAUGCAUAGUAUCUGAUAGGAAUACUUAUAAAAUAGAAGCUGUCAUGUGCCGAGAUAAGUUGUUGAAGGUCCCAAGCCUUGUCAUUCUAGAUGAAGGCCACACUCCGAGAAAUGAGCAAACUGACUUACUCACUGCACUUGGAAGUAUAAGAACUCCUAGAAAAGUGGUUCUCUCAGGAACCUUGUUUCAGAAUCAUGUAAGAGAGGUUUUCAACAUUCUGAACCUUGUGCGGCCAAAAUUCCUGAAGAUGGAGAAACCUCGUGCAAUAGUGAAGCGCAUACUAAGCAAGGUUGACAUGUUGGGGAAGAGUGCACGGUCAAAGUACACUUCAGAUAAGUACUUCUAUGAUGUAGUUGAAGGAAACCUUAAAAAGGAUGCAGAUGGUAAAAUGAGAGUAAUGAUCAUCCAGAAUCUACGCGAGCUAACCGCAAAUGUGCUGCACUAUUAUAAAGGUGAGCUUUUGGAGGAACUACCCGGACUUGUGGACUUCACCGUUUUUCUGAAUAUGAGUACCGAGCAGGAAAAUAUCCUUAGGAGUUUGGUAAGACUAGAUAAUUUUAGCAGGAAAACAGCAUGCAGCGCUGUUUAUCUUCAUCCGUGCUUAAAGAAUAUUCAAAACGUUGAAGGGAAAAAUCGAGAUAUUGCUGUUCAGAAGAUUGAUUCCAUCAUAAAAAGUGGAAUUGAUAUCAAGGUUGGGGCAAAGGCAAAGUUUAUAUACAAUUUGUUGUGUCUUUCAGAAGCUGCAGGAGAGAAGGUACUCGUGUUCAGCCGGUAUCUGAACCCUCUGGUUUUCUUGGAAAUGCUGCUCAUAAGAAUGAAAGGAUGGAAACCAGAGGUGCACAUGUUUAAAUUAAAUGGUAAAUCAACACAAGAGCAGCGAGACAAGGCGGUUGAGAGAUUCAACCACUCAGCGGAUGCUAAAGUUUUGUUUGGUUCCAUCAAGGCAUGCGGCGAGGGCAUCUCCCUUGUUGGCGCAUCACGCGUUGUCAUUCUGGAGGUCCAGGAAAAUCCUUCUGUGACGCGACAGGCAAUUGGACGGGCAUUCAGACCAGGGCAGUCCAGAAUGGUGCAUUGCUACCGCCUUGUUGCCGCCGACUCCCCAGAAGAGGAGGAUCACAUGACAGCCUCCGGAAAAGAAUGGAAGUCCAAGAUGUGGUUCGAAUGGAACGAGCUUUGCAGCAGUGAUGAUUUUGAGCUUGCCGCUGUGGAUAUUUCAGAGAGCGGGGACAGGUUUCUCGAACACGAGGCACUGCGACAAGAUGUCAAAUCUCUGUACAGAAGGUGAACAACGGAGGCAAUCGCUGACCAGUGAGAAAGAAAGAGGAAGAAUAAUCUAGGUAGGAACUGAAGUGGCUUCUUUGCAGUAUUUUGUCUGAUCAUCUGAAGUGUGGUAGUAUGAGAGAUAUAACAAGCAUUUGCACUCUCAAAUGUUAAAAGUGUCUAUUUGUUGGCAUUUUCUGUCUCCAUUAAAAUGAUGAUAAAUUUCACGAGUCGUGGUAAUGUGGUACUGCUAAUGACUAUUCCAAUGCAAGUGAUCUAGGUUUCAGUUCAACUUUUGCUGUCAUGUGAGUCGAACCAAUUGUGUGAUGUUGUCUGUCCGCUGAACAAGUUUUCAACUGUAUAAGAAUUGUUACUCUUAACCUUACUGUCACGAGCCAUUGUCUAUGUUUCGGCUGCCUGAAUCUGAUGAUUCUAUGUCUGUCUUUGUCCAUGGACAAAAUCUGAACAUCACGCGGUGUCAUGAUGCAUUUGUCAACACUGUCUCCUUAUCAGGUUCAGAAAACCUGGUCUUUUUUUCUUGUUCCAGCUUGUAAAUGGCAGCAGGUCUUCAGAAGUUCAGGAGAGUGAUACGUACGGAGGGCAGAACCAUGAUACGUCUGCAUUGCUAAGGGCUAAACAAAACUUGGAGUUAUUUGUAAGUUCCCUAGAAAUUAUCCAACGGCUCUCCUUCAUCUUCCUCCUCCCAGCAGUCUUCCCCAUCUCCUUCUCCGUCCCUUCAUCUCCUCUGCCGGCGACGCCAAGCCUCCGCCACACCGUCUUGAGCUCGGACACCGUCUAUAAAAA